UUGUUACAUUGCAUCACAUGACGGUUGAAACCAGGAAGUGUUUUGGUUACACAAGGCGGAAGCGAGGAUAUUUUUACAGAAGCUGAAAGUGUUUUUAGGAGAAAACGUCGUUUAACGAGCAGCAACAAGGUUAUAACUCACUAUUCACUGGGAGGAGUGGAUACUGUUGUUCGUUGUUGGUAGACCGGGUCACUCCAACGCUGCCCACCUGAUCCGGUUCUUCCCACCAGGAGUUCGGCCUCUGACCUCGCUCACCAUCAGUGCCUGUGUGUCCAGACUCCGCUUCUGUCUUUACCCCUUGUUAACCUGUAGUUUCAGCCCAUCUCAUCCAUAACAGCCUCUGUCUCUGUCAAUGGCUGGGCGCGGGGGAGGAACGACUCGGCCAAAUGGUGCCGCAGCAGCAAACAAAAUCUGCCAAUUCAAACUGGUGCUGCUGGGGGAGUCAGCCGUGGGCAAGUCCAGCUUAGUGCUGCGCUUUGUCAAAGGCCAGUUUCAUGAAUUCCAGGAGAGUACCAUUGGAGCCGCCUUCCUCACUCAGACGGUCUGUCUGGACGACACCACUGUGAAGUUUGAGAUCUGGGACACAGCAGGUCAAGAGCGCUACCACAGCCUGGCUCCGAUGUACUACAGAGGCGCCCAGGCAGCCAUCGUGGUCUACGACAUCACCAACACAGAUACUUUUGCAAGGGCGAAGAACUGGGUGAAGGAGCUGCAGAGACAAGCCAGUCCCAACAUAGUGAUCGCUCUGGCUGGAAACAAGGCCGACAUCGCAAACAAGAGAGCUGUUGACCUCCAGGAGGCACAAACAUACGCUGAUGACAACAGUCUACUCUUCAUGGAGACCUCGGCCAAGACUGCCAUGAACGUCAAUGAAAUUUUCAUGGCUAUUGCAAAGAAGCUACCGAAGAGCGAUCCUCAGGGUGGAGCCGGACAAGGGGGGCGGACCAGGACGGGAGUGGAUCUACAAGAAGCUGCUCCACAGAGCCGCAGCAGCCAGUGUUGCGGCGGCGGCAGCGGCGGCAAUUAGCAAGUACGAAAAAAUGAACUUAGUGAGCGAGCCCUGAACAUCGUUUUAAGGACAGCACGUAGCUAAAACCCAGAGAGGCAGGAGAGGGCAGAGCCACUCGCCACCCCUGCACUUAAACUGAGAUUACAGAUGAGAUUAUCUGGAUCCUCUUUGAUUAAAGGAACUUUUUUUUAAAAAAAAGAAUCAUAAGCUAGAGGGAAUUACCAAGAUCCCUCACUACUACUUCUCCUCUGUCUUUCCCCCCCCCCGUGUAUCUAUCUACCUCCCUGUCCAUCUUCAGCCUCUGUCUCAGUUGAUUGAAUUCUGUUUUAAAAUGAUUUGUUUUUGAAGGGUGAUGCUGAGGUUGUUUGCCAUUUUCCCUAUUUGUGUGCGUGUGUCUGUUAUGUAUGUGUAUGUAUAUAGUGCAUACACAUAUAUGUACUAUAUAUUGGCAGUUAACUUUUCUACUCUUGCCAUUUCCCUCUACAUCGAUUAUCAUCACGAAAGAUACAAAUGCCCAACUACUAAUCCUGAAAUUGCUGAAAAUGGCGCAGCAAUUAAUCCUAAAGGAUUUUGUCUUAUUGCAAUUUAGACCACAUCAUUUUGUUCUUGUUAGGGCCCUGGACAUGACACAGUUAUAAGGAAAGCUCUAGACUUUGCUUAUUGAAGCAGGUCGUGAUUUAAUAGGCUACAUAUCUGCAGAUGUUUCUGAACUGUGCAAAAGAUGCGGUUGUUUGCAUUCAUUGUGCGAUACCUGUAACACCAGAGAGUUGUUAGCCUUUUUUAAAAGAAAUGUGAAAAUAACUUGUAAAUCUAAAAAAAAAAAAAAAAAAAAGUAAU